AUGAACGCGUCCACAUCAAUUCACGGAUUUUCGGGCUUUAUUCGCCCGAGCGACAUGGCAACCGGCGCAUACUUUCUCUGCCUCUACUUCCCAAGCAUCCUCGCAAUUUUGUACGCUAUCUGCUGGCAGACAAUCGACAGCGAGAUCAAACGUAUAGAGCUAUUCUACCAAACAUCUCGUACUGGGGGUGCUCUGGCGCGAUCCACAAUUUUCAGCGAGUACAUUUCUUUGCCAUCUUUCUUGUCACCUUUUCAAGCUAUGAGGUGGUGUCAGUGGGCAGUUGUUUUGUCGUCUUGGAUUUAUACGCUUGUCGGCACCGUCACUCCUGUCUUGCAGGCUCAGAUGUUUCAGGUUCAGACACAGCUGAUGCAAGUGGGAUAUAUGACUACGGUUGAUGAUUUUGGAACGCGCCCGCCCGAGGAUUACUGGAGUCCGAUUACUGUCGAGUCUAGCGGAGAUGAUUGGGGGAACCUCACAGCAAUACUUUGGACGGAUCCAGCGCAUGAUGAAGGUUUUCAAAGGCUUGAUGUCGUGUGGCAACCCAACUCUGUUUACACGGACGGUCUAAUUGAGAAUGUGAUCUAUCUACAGCCCGCGAUCACUAGGUCACAAGAAUCUGUGCUCAUACUGGUCGCUAUACUUGCUGUUAUUCUUGCCGUUCUUCUCCGGAGGCGCCAGACUGGGAUGGUCAGUCCUCACAGGGGGGAUCGGAGCUUUGACAAAUCUCGCCUCAGCAAACGUUAUGUUUCUCAACACAUUACGUGUUGA